AUGGGCAACUGCAUGGAGAUGUACAAGUUCACACUUAGACACCCAGCGAGUAUUUACGUGCCUAAUACGGAGGAGAAGAAGCCUUUCCCGAUCUGUAAUCAUUACCCAGAGAGGAAGAAUAUGGGCCUGAGGGAGGGGCUGGCAAGAAAGAGGCUGUGUGAUGAUAUUCGGCCACCGUCGGAGUCCCAACUGAAGGCUUUGGAGGUAGGUGGAGAUA